AUGGAAGACCGAGAGGCGAUCUCCAAAUUUUUAGUGGAGAAAGCACCACCUUCGCUCUAUUACAUCCCGAAUUUCAUCACAGAAGAAGAGGAAGAGGUUAUCACCGCCCGUAUCGUUAAUGCUCCCCAACCCAAAUGGACUGUGCUUUCAAAUCGUCGUCUGCAGAAUUAUGGUGGUGUGGUUGGGAAGAAGGCGCUGAUACCAGCCGACGAUAUUCCAUUGAUAACGUUGUUCCGGAGAAGCAUAAUUGAAGGAAUUCAGGAACUAAGUUAUUUGAUGAAGAAGAUCGACAGCUUGGGUGUUUUCCCAAGUCCAUCCAAUCAUGUUCUGGUGAAUGAGUAUCUCCCCGGACAAGGAAUCAUGCCACACACCGAUGGUCCGGCUUUCUUUCGGCUCGUCUCGAAUGUGACUAUGGGUUCGCACACGCUUCUCGAUUUAUAUCGGCCAGUGAAUCAAGAGGUAAGUAUACGUUUUGGAAGAAGAGUUUCUGGCUCAUCCACUGGCUCAAAGCUUACUUGA